AUGAGUCUGCUGGUAAAAAGUCUCGGAGGAAUCGUAGGAAGAGGAAGGAUUUGGCUACCUCACAGUAAAAGUUCUGAAAAGGAAGCUGAGCCUUUGUUUGAUGGUUCUACAGAAGAAGGCCACAAUUUACAAGAAGAUGAUGAGGAGAAUCUUGAACAGAAUGCUGCAAGGAUGCUUUCAUCAAGGUUUGAUCCAAGCUGCACUGGGUUUUCUUCAAACAACAAGGCUUCUGUAAAUGGGUUGUCUUUUUUGUUAUCUUCUGAACAGGAUUUUGGUAGUCAUAGGUCAAAGUCUAUUUCUGGGUCAGAAUCUAAUUCGGUUGAUAAUUCUGGUAGAGUAUUGAGGCCGAGGAAACAGCACAAUGAAAAGGGACAUUCGCGGAAGAGGCGCCAUUUCUAUGAAGUUUUCUUUGGGAACUUGGAUGCUUACUGGGUAUUGAACCAGAGAAUCAAAGUCUUCUGGCCUCUAGACCAAAGUUGGUACUAUGGUCUUGUGAAUGACUAUGACAAGGAAAAAAAACUUCAUCAUGUGAAGUACGAUGAUCGGGAUGAAGAAUGGAUUGACCUUCAAAACGAGAGGUUCAAGCUCUUGUUACUCCCUAGUGAAGUUCCCGGUAAGACAGAGCAGAAAAAAUCAAAGGUGAGGAAUAGAAGUCCUGAUGAGAGAAAAGGAGACAUGAAAUGCAGAAAAGAAAAGAAAAAGAGAAACUUGACUUCAGAGGACGGUAGCCGCAUAGGCAGCUAUAUGGACACUGAACCCAUUAUUUCAUGGUUGGCGCGAUCUACGGGUCGGGUCAAGUCAUCCUCCUGUGCUGUGAAGAAGCAAAAAACAUCUGGUCUAUCUUUAAAGUCUGUGCCGCAAUUGUCAGAUGAAGAUGCCACUUUGCAUGAAUCUUUGGGUGACGGCUCCUUUAGAAGGGAUAAAAAUAAAAAAUUUGGCAGAUCAUGUGAUGAUGUGAGGCAAGAAAAGUCUACCUCUCAGGGCAGCACUAGCCUCAAAGAUAGCAAAAUGCCUAUUGUUUACUUUCGAAGGCGGCUUCGGAAGAAUGAGUCUGAAUUGUCUCAUACAUCCGAGGAUGACCAGGCCUCUGCGGGUAAGCCUGGGUCACUGUAUGAUUUCUUGGGAAGCUUGGAUGCCAAUGGACCAUUGUGGUCUAUUGAUGAUGCAGGACUGCUGAAAUUAACUCCUCCACGGAUAGAACCAGGAAGAGUUACUUUUGAGUUAGGCCUUCCAGUGCAUUCAAUUACUAAUGAUUCUUUUGGAGUAGAGUUUCGGUUGUUUCGUGCUGCAAUGCUGUGUAGGUAUGGUGCAGUGGUGAUUUCAUGGCCAAAGGUUUACUUGGAGAUGCUUUUUGUUGACAAUGUAGUUGGACUGAGAUUUCUGUUGUUUGAAGGUUGCUUGAAGCAGGCUGUGGCCUUUGUUUUUCUUGUCCUGUCAUUGUUUCAUCAACCCAAUGACCAGGGGAAGUCUAUUGAUUUCCGGUUACCAGCAACUUCAAUCAGGUUCAAAUUCUCCUGUGUUCAGCAUCUUGGGAAGCAACUUGUGUUUGCAUUCUACAACUUUUUGGAAGUAAAAAAUUCAAAGUGGAAGUACCUAGACUCGCAACUUAUGAGCCAUUGUUUGCUUACCAAGAAACUGCCCCUGUCUGAAUGCACUUAUGAUAGUAUUAAAGCACUUCAAAAUGGAAGAAAUCAAUCACCUUUUAUGCCUCUUUGUGUGCAUUCCUCCUUUGUCAAGGGUACACAGAGGAGGUCCAGGCAGGGUAUUAACUUCAUGGGUGGUUCCAGGGAAUCUACAUCUGUAAAUAUUAGUCAUCCUACUUCUCGUAAUGAUGAGCUAUGCCGAAAACUUCCUCCACUUGCCCUCUCCUUUGCUGCAGCACCUACUUUCUUCAUUAGUUUGCAUCUUAAACUGCUCAUGGAAAAUUGUGUUGCUAAUAUCUGCUUUGGCGACCGUGAUUCAGUGGAGCAUGUUGAAAACUCUGGCAGUAUGUUGGCAGUUGACUGGUCUAUCGUCGAGGACUUUAUUAGCGGAGGUUCGAAAAUUACUCCUCAGAAAAAUUUGAAGGCUCCACCAAGUAAUGCUACUUCUGAUGGGUCCUGUGCCAAACCAGAUGCUGAAAAUGCUAUUUCUGUAUGCCAUGGAGCUCGGACAAAUUCAUCUCAGCAUUUCCAAAAUGGUGGUCUUGAUGUUUCUGUAUCCUCUGGUGGAACUGGUGUCCUUGAAAAGACUGGAACAGAUGAAGUUGUACAGUCGAAGGCAUUGCAAAGCCAUCAUCCAGAGUCAGAUCAAUGUUCUUUAUCCCCAAGGCCUUUGGUUGGUAGAGACAAGUCCGACACUGAUUCCCAAUCUCUUCCGAAUGGUCUCACUGUUGAAAUUCCAUCAUUUGACCGAUAUGAGAAGCCUGUGGAUAAGGAGGUGCAAGGUGCUCAACAGCCUACAGAAUUUUCUUGGAAUAUGAAUGGUAGCAUUAUCCCCAGCCCUAACCCCACUGCUCCCAGAAGUACAGGGCACCGAAAUAGAAUUAAUUCAUCACUUGGACACCUCUCACAUAAUUGGUCUGAUGGAACUGAUCUUUUCCAUAAUGGUUUUGGCAGUGGACCAAAGAAGCCGCGAACUCAGGUGUCCUACACUUUGCCUUAUGGAGGUUUUGAUUUUAGUUCGAAGCAAAGAAACCUUCAGAAGGGGCUUCCUCAUAAACGAAUCAGGAGGGCUAAUAAUGAGAAGAGGUCAUCAGAUGCUUCCAGAGGUUCCCAAAGAAACUUGGAGCUCUUAUCAUGCGAGGCAAAUGUGUUAGUCAAUGGCAGUGACAGAGGGUGGAGGGAAUCUGGGGCCCAUGUUGUAUUAGAGCUUUUUGAUCAUAAUGAGUGGAAGCUUGCUGUAAAAAUUUCAGGGACUACAAAGUACUCAUACAAAGCACAUCAAUUUUUGCAGCCUGGGACAACAAACCGCUAUACUCAUGCUAUGAUGUGGAAAGGAGGAAGGGAUUGGAAUUGGGGUUUAGAGUUUCCAGAUAGGAGUCAGUGGGCACUUUUUAGGGAGAUGCAUGAAGAGUGUUACAAUCGGAAUAUCCGCUCUGCUUCAGUAAAAAACAUUCCUAUUCCUGGUGUCCGCUUAAUUGAAGAAAGCGAUGAUAAUUUAACUGAAAUAUCAUUUCUUCGCAGCUCUGCAAAGUAUUUCCGGCAAAUAGAAACAGAUGUUGAAAUGGCUUUGGACCCAUCUCGGGUCUUGUAUGAUAUGGAUAGUGAUGAUGAGCAGUGGAUUUUGCAGUUUCAAAAUUCUUCAGAAGUUCACAAUUGUGGCUCAACAGAGAUCGAAGAUGAGAUGUUUGAGAAAACAAUGGACAUGUUUGAAAAGGCUGCAUUUGAUCAACAUGAGUUCACAUCUGAAGAAAUAGAAGAGCUCGUGGAUGGUGCUGGAGUUGGGCCCAUGGACGUGAUCUUAUCCAUUUAUGAGCAUUGGCAACAGAAAAGGCUCAGGAAGGGAAUGCCUUUAAUCCGACAUCUUCAGCCACCGUCAUGGGAAAGGUAUCAACAACAAGUGAAAGAGUGGGAGCAAGCUAUGAUCAAAACCAAUACCACGCUCCCUAAUGGAUGCCAUGGGAAACCUUCAUCAGUUGAAAAGCCACCAAUGUUUGCUUUUUGUCUGAAACCACGGGGACUAGAAGUUCCCAACAAGGGAUCUAAACAACGGUCACAGAGGAAAUUUUCAGUUUCUGGACAUAAUGGUGUCAUGUUAGGAGAUCACGAUGGAAGGAGAUCAAAUGGAUUUGCUUUCGGUGAUGAAAGGGUGGUAUAUCCAGGCCAUAACUAUGACUCUUUAGAAGACUCCCCCUUGUCUCAGACGUUGCCUGGGGUAUUUUCACCAAGGGAUGCAGCUAACAUGUUGAUGAGCAAUGAUGGGUUUGGGAGAAAUCGUCUCCGCAGAAUUCAUAGGAGCAAGUCAAAGAAAUAUGGGAGAAUGGUAUCUUCUGUUGGCCCGCAGAUGGUGUCUUCAUACAGUCCUAGAGUUGUAGGAAACAGAAAUGAAGUUCAUCGAUGGAAUGCAGGUAUCCCUGAUUGGUCAAGCCCGCGGUAUUAUCAACCAGAAGUGUCUCCGAGGCAUGGCAUGGGACUGCUGGACGAUUCUGAUCUUGAUGAGUUCAGAUUGCGUGAUGCAUCUGGUGCCGCCCAGCAUGCACAUAAAAUGGCAAGGCUCAAGAGAGAUAAAGCUCAGAGAUUGUUUUACAGAGCAGAUCAAGCAAUCCACAGGGCCGUGGUUUCUCUCAUGACCGCGGAAGCGAUCAAAACUUCUUCCGAGGACUCCAGCGACGAUGAAGAGUAG